AUGAUAGGGUUUGUCGUGUUGGGUGUACUUUUGUUCUUUACCAGCGACGUUGACGCUGCAGCUAGACGGACAGAUGAUGUCGGUGCAGAAGAACUUAUAACAGUUGUAACGUUGUUUAGGCACGGAGACAGAGCUCCUAAGCUAUCAAUCCCAAAGAUAAAGUACAGUCAUGCUUCUUAUUGGCCGAUGGGACUGGGAGAACUAACGCAGUUUGGUAUACAAAGGUUAUACAGCCUAGGUCAGUGGUUGCGAAAGCGGUAUGACGCACUACUAUCUCCGAUUUAUCACGCAGGCGAAAUAUAUGUUAGAUCUACAGAUAGAGACAGAGCUCUGAUGUCAGCUUACGCGAAUUUGGCGGGACUAUAUCCCCCUAAGGGCUUCCAACUUUGGGACAGUGGCGUUGCCUGGCAGCCUAUUCCAGUGCAUACGGUUCCAAGGGACAUAGAUGACGUUAUCGUGGAGAAAAGAACCUGUCCAAAGUACGAUGCCCUCUUGAAAGAUACCAUCAAUUCAGACUAUUACAUCGAAAUCAACGAAAAAAAUGCUGAUUUAUACAAAAAUAUGUCCGAGUGGACUGGGUUCGAGGUGAAAGAUGUUACUGAUAUCAAUUUGAUCCAUUCUACAUUAACGUCUAUGAAACAUUACAACCUCUCCUACCUACCACAGUGGGAAAAAUACGUCGACUGGGAUUUGCUGGAGUUCCUCAACGGAUUAAAAUACAAAAGGUAUACUACCACCUUAUCGAUGAAACGUCUGAGGUCGGGGCCUUUCAUUGACUACAUUUUCAAGCACAUGGAUAAAGCAAUAUCACCCGAUCAAUCUUCGUCUGUUCCUAAGAUGUUGAUGAUCUCAGCACAUGGAACAACCUUAUCUAUUAUUCUAAACUCUAUGGGAGUUUUCGACGGUCACUUACCAGGCUCAGCUUUCACUGUCUUGUGGGAGUUAAAAAGAACGCAGUGCGGUCGAUACUUCGUCAAUCUUUAUUUAAAAUCUGACAGUGAUUUGAAAAAACUUGCCGUUCGAGGAUGUGAAUUUGAAUGCAGCUAUGAAAACUUCAAGAGUGCUUUGAGCAACAUCACACUAGAUAUAGACAGUUGGAUCAAAGAGUGCUAUGAAUGCUGAUGAGAUUGAGAAGAUGCAUUUCGAUGUGCUCAAGUUGAAAGAUAGUGUGCCGUAUUCAUAAAACAAAGGAUAUCGUUGUACUUGCAAAUUUUGGAGGAAAUCCUCCAGAUGGCAUUUAUAAUAAUUUGAAGUAAAUGCUUAUGCUUUUUGAGUAUAAGCAGUGACAUAAGUAAAAGGAUAUUCAUAAUAUUCACCUUAGACUUGGCAUAGGAAGCGUAUCCUAAAAAAUUCCGAAUGUUGAUACAUAUUUUUUCAACAUCUUCUUCAAGGCAUCGUCCCUUCUCAUUUUUCUUUUUGGAACUUGUGACUUUUGCAUCUGCGAUGAACUGCAGGUCGUUGCCAUUAUUUUCUAUAGUUCACUUCAGGAUGACAUGCUUAUUAAUUUGAUAAAAAACUGUAUCCAGUAAAAAUACGGAACGGUCUGUGUAAGCUCUGGAGUAAAACUGUCUGUGAUGCUGAGUGAACGAACUCCCACGUCAACUACAAGGUGGAACAAGUCAGGGCAUGUCGCUCAAGAUACAAAUACCAUUCAACCUUUCACUGCUUCUUGGAGGAUAUCCUCGCGAGUAUAAGGUAAUCAUUAUGAAUAUGAAAACAAGGAUAUGCUUGUAUGGUUUAUCUGAAGUCACUUGAAAUAGCAUAAAAACCUUUGGUCGGCGC